GUGGUGCUGCAGUGCGCCUGGCGCUGUGUGCUUGUCGACAGCAGCGCCAUCUAUGCAGGUAAACAAAGCUCGUCUGCUACUACGCUGCCUCUGGUGCUCGCCAACUCCCAGCGCGCAAUUACUGCUUCAUACAUCAACUAUGAAGCUCUUGUUAAGGCGGUGGUGAGAUGGCUGAGGGUGGGGAGAGCAGUGGUAGUGGGACAGGCGGCACCCUCCCUGACCUUGUAGCACAAUGCUAUUACCGCUAUGGACUUCUUGUUGCCACUCAUCCUAAGAAAGUUAUUUUACUGGCAAUAUGCUCCUUCCUUGUUCUCUGUACACCACUGUGGCACCUACCUCUACCUGGAUACCUACCACAAGAAUAUAUAACAUCUCUGUUCAACUAUAGUGUUCCCCUCCCAGCCCCAGAGGGAGGGAUAAGACUGGAUCCGUCCCCGACUCCUACUCCGAUGUGGUAUCAAGGGCCACCACGUGCAUAUAUUCAGCAGAUUGUAGUUAAGAGUGGUGUGGUUCCAUGGAAGAAGGGCUUGACAAUCAGUGAUGGUUACCGUGGCCCACUGUCAUCUGUCUUCCACCUCGCUCAGACUAUUAGCAACUACCAACUGAGCCAUAAUAAUAGUGUUACAUUAGGGACAGAAUGUCUUCUAAUUGAGGGUGUGGUGAAGAAAAUACAGUCUGCUGGCCAGGUCCUCCCUCAUUACAACUGCUUAAUGCUCUCUCCUGCUGACUUGUGGGCCCGUAACCAGUACUCCUUUCUUCAAGACCCUCAUGUCUUAUUGACUGUAAACUCCCUUAUGGCAAGCUAUGAAGGUCAGACCAAUGUAGCAGAUAUUUUGUUUGGAGUACCGUCCCGUGAAAUUGGUUUUAGACGUAGUAGGAAUCCUCAGCGAGUGAUCACAUUUGCUGUGACUUUGGCACUCAAGCAAUACAAUGAAGAAUUCGUUAGUGGAUUGGAGAAAGAGCUGACAUCGCGCUUCCCAGUUCACCAACCUGUUCGACCUGGAAGAGAAGAAAUUACUCACAUCUAUUUUCCCUCACGCAUGUCUCUCUGGGAAUUUCUUCUUAUGAUUUUCUAUUGUGUUUUGUUUGUAUCUAUCUAUUUUUCUAUCUUAAAAAUGGAUAUGUUCAAGAGCAAAUUUGGCAUGGCCAUUAGUAUUCAAGCAACAUUAAUAGCCUCACUGUGCAUCUCUGUGGGAUUCUGUGCAUAUUUUGGUCUCAGGCCUCUGCAGAGCAAAGGAAAAUAUGUGUACCCAAUUCUAGCAGGUCUUAUUGGCUUUGAGAACAGUAUGGCUUUAAUCAGAUCAGUUUUAUCAACUCCAUCACACUUGGACAUCAAAAUUCGUAUGGCACAGGGCUUAGCAAGAGAAGGAUGGACAAUAACCAAAUAUUUUUUGACCACCAUUACAAUUGUGACUGUAUCAUUUUUCCUCUUCAUUCCACUCGUUCAAGAAUUUUGUAUAUAUGGAAGUGUAGUACUCCUGUGUGAUCUAUAUAUGCAGCUGAUUUUCUUGACUGCUGUACUGUCUAUUGACCUCAGACGCUAUGAGGACUCUGAAGAACAGAAAAAGCAGUCUUUAGCAAAUAGUGGACCAUUUUCUGUAAACCCUUUGUUCAGAUAUCAACAUCAUAGUCCUAAUCCAAAUGUCAGAAUUCUUGUCAGCAAUUCUGAAAGGACUGGAACUUGUGUGCCUAACCUUCACCGCAGAAAUGCACCAUCUGAAUCAUCCAUUAAAUGUAGUGGGCGUGAUCGGGUUGCUCACCUGCAAACAGCACCUCAAAACUCAAACAUUAUGCCAAAAAGACUUCGUGUCGCAUAUUUUGUUGCAAAAAAGAGAAUGUUUCAAAGGAUGUUUAUGUGUGUUUUUGUUGGCUGGAUUGCAUUUAUGGUUUACAGCUCGGGACUAAUUGAACAUUUUUCUGAACCUACGAAUGAUCAGCAUAGACCAAGAGACCUACCCUCUGUUAUAUUCUCCUUGACCAAUCGCUCCAGUUAUCUGUACCAAGCUGAGGUAUCAAUACGACCCCCACAGAAUAUUGAUCAAACUCAACCUCCUAAAUCAUCAUCUAUGGUGACUCAGCCUACAGCUACGGGUAAUACCACUAUCUCUAAAGAAGAUGGACUAAAACUCCUGAAGCACCGUACACGCUCACUUCUGCGUAAACUGCCACAUUCACACUGGCCAACUCUAUUCAGUUAUUAUAACAUCAGUGUGACUGGACAUUACCUGAGCAUUUUACCGCCUAUUCUGCUGUCACUGCCAGUUAAACCAGAAGAUGCUCUUAAUGUACACAACCCCAGUGACCCCAACACAGGUCCCUGGAUUGUUGACAACAUUCACAUGCACGACUCGGAUGACUCUGAGGAAACUGAUUGGCAAGAGGAGUCAGCUUUUAUACCAUCCUCAUCUGGAGAACUAUUACUAACAGCUGUCCUGGUGAUUCCGGCUGUUCUGUGUUUGGUGUAUGCUAUGGUUGCCCUUUAUCACUGCGUUUGCUCUCGAAAUUAUGCUGAAUGGAGAGCCUCUUGGUGGGGCAAAGAUGGGGCUAAAGAUGAAACAUCUCAAAUUAUUGGAGAUGCAUUGCCACUAGUUCUUACGGGCCACCCUCACGAUGUAGAGUGCAUGUGCUCUGAUGGAGUGUUGUUGGUAUCGUCAUGUUUGGCAGGCAUUAUCCGAGUCUGGGAUCCCAGUACAGGAGAGUGUGUAGCCAACAUAAACAGACGCAGCCACAAGAAACCCGAGUUUCGUAUGGGGUCACCAGACCUUGGAGACGACUUUCACUCUGACUAUGAGUCUGGGUCUCCAAGAUCACAGGCAGGAGACUAUAGCUUCUUCAGAAAAAAUGCAAGUGGUUUAUGGCUGGACGAAGAUGAGAAGGAUGACAGUGAUUGUGAGAUUGUGGACCCAUUAGACUCUGCAAAAAUACAGCAAGAUAGUUCAUCAGGAAACCUCUUUCAUACGUUUCCAGAUCUUAGUCCUGCCAUUGAUCUUCAUUUUUAUAGUCGAUCAGCAGAUUCUCGCAACAGUGGCUGCUUUAGUCGUUUUGAUAAGUAUUAUGAGGAGCACAAAAAAAUGCUUGAAGAUGAUGAAAAGUAUAGACAGAGACGGGGGAGAAAAAUUUCUGAUUGCAAUGAAUAUCCUUCAUCUGCAAACAUAACUAAAAAUAUGAUAAGAUCUCCAUCUUAUACAGAGACUUUAUCAGGUUAUAACCCCAAAAAGCAUUAUAGAAACCUUAGUGCCGGGAGCAUUCCAGUUGGUGCUCUCUUUGGACACAAUGGUGGUGGUGGUAAAGGAUCUAUAGAAGGAGAGGGAGACAGUACAAUGGAUGAGGAAUUGUCUCCAAUUUGGUGCCUUGAGUGUCAGGAUGCACUAGUAAUAGUAGGAUGUGGUUCAGGCCGGAUAGAGGUAUGGGAUCUCUAUAAUAACGUUCUGAAGUGUAUAUAUGAUGAAGGUGUCAAAGCAGGAGUAACUUCAAUGCGUAUAUCAGGAAACCGUCUCAUGAUUGCCAGACUAAAUGGUGCUGUAGACAUGCUGCGGAUUGAGCAAGCUAGUUCUUGUCUGCAAACUUCUGAUGCAUAUCAAACAUUUAAACCAGGUCACAGUCGAGGCAAUAGUAGAGACUAUAGUAAUACUGGGUGGACAUUUGGGUAUGAUGAGCCCAUAAGACUAUUGAGAUACGCUGGAGUGCGUGCCCAUCAGCAGCCCAUCACGGUCAUGACUUGUGAUCAUGUGCGACUCAUUACUGGUGCACAUGAUCACACACUUAAGGUAUUCAGCAUGACUGAUGGUAGAGCUCUCUUCACUCUACAUGGGCACUGUGGCCCCAUUACAUCAGUAUUUGUAGAUGGGAGUUUAGGUGCCUUAGGUAGCGAAGGAGAUGUGACUGUGGACCUCGGGGUCGGUGCCAUCAUUGGCAGUGGAUCUCAGGAUGGUAUGCUGUGUGUAUGGGAAGUUGUUACUGGUGCCUGUGUUUAUAGUGUACAAGCCCAUGAUGGAGUCAUAACCACACUCACUUGCACAACAAGCUACAUCUUGUCCCUGGGUGGAGAUGACAAACUUUGUGUUUGGGAAAGAUUUCAAGGACACCUCCUUAAUACUUUGCAAAUGACCCAGAUGUACUGCAGUAGUAUGGUCAUGCUCACAAAUAAACUACUUAUUACUAGCAGACAGGGUUCAUUAACAGUGUGGGACAUCACUUCAGGAGUUCCAGUACGUGUAGUACGUUUGGGAGACCGUGAUGAUUCUGUAUUUAUUUGUCACAUGAUGCCUGUUGCAGACACAAUCGUCUGUGAUUAUGGAAACCAACUCAGAGUUGUAAAAUUGCCAGUGGCAGAAAAACUGGACUGAUGUAAGGGGAUUAAAUAAUAAUAUUUUGAUAUGUAUAUAAAGCAGUACCUUCACUUAUGAAAUCAAUAAAAGGUUUCCUAGUAUUUUUAAUACAUAAAUCACUUCAUGAUUAGUAUUCAGUAUUAACAUAAAGCCAUUAUUUACUGGUACAAUAUGAAAAAGUUUGUCAUGUUUCAUGAAAUGAAACACUGUAAUAUUUAUAUACAGACUUUCCUACAAAUAUUUUGUAGUUUUUUAAAUUGUAUAAUGAAAUCAUCAGUAGUGAAUUUGGAGCAUGACACAAAUUUAUAAGUUUCUUAAUUUCUUAAAAGUAGUAAUUUAAAAUAAAGCCACUUUCGUAUUUAAACACAUUAUGGUCAAACAUGUUUCUGAUUGAUAUGGUGUAGAAUUGAUUAUAUGGCUGUUCUGUUUCUAUCAGACCUUUUAGAAAACAAUAUAGCCAUGUUACCUGAACCAAAGUUUUGUACCAAGUUCAUUGCUUCUUUGCUCAUUCAUUAGCUUUUAUGCACAUGUAUUUAAAAGAUGCCUUAUCAUCCUUUCCACCUGUAUAUUUUCAUCAAACACAAUGCAAACUUGCUAUUUAGCAAAUAGUUAAGUAACUACAAUUCUUAAAAGGUUUAUUGUUUUAUGUUUUGAUGUGAUUGUGCAGCCCGUUCUCUCGAGCAUUCCCAGCGUCACUAAACUGAUGUACUAAAUUGCCCAAACCUAACAAGACUCACAAAUAGAAAACAGGACAACAUGCCAAUUUUGCAAGGGACUAUGAUUUUCAGUACAUCAGUUUUUGGUCUUGGGGGAUUUAUAUGUCAAACUGUGUUGUACUAUUUGAGAGGACGAGUUGGAUUGUGAGCAUGUAUUGUGCUAGUUGUACAGCACCCAUGAGUACUCUAUUUUGGGAGUAGCAUUGCCUGGUGUUGUAGAUUUGUAAAUUUGCGAGCCUAACUUUUAACCAUUCUCAUGGUGUAGUUGACAAAGGAACCUCACUUGUACAGAGAAAAAUUUUGUGCUGUAUAAUUUACACUAUGAACAUUUUUUAUAUGACUGCCUACUUGCUGAAGUGGGGAGUAUUUAAAUAGCAAUGCAAUUUAAAAAUGUUGAUACCCAAUGGCUGUGAAAGUGUUUUCUGUACAAGUUGCCAAUGUAUUUUGUAAACAAAAUUGUAAAUGAUUAUAAUAGAAAAAAUGCAUUUCAUCUUGUUCACACCAAAUUGUUCUCUUUUCCUAUAUUUUGAAGUAUGUGAGAAACAAUGCAAACUUAAAAUAGUUUUUA